ACCCUAAUCGAAUCAAUUCGCAGAUCGCCAUGAGGCCUCUCGACGAGAACGAGACGGAGGCCGUCUUCAACAAGCUCCACAAAUUCGUGGGCGACAACCUCAAGAACAUCGUCCUCGAGUCCCAGGCGCACGAGGGGCCGGAGUGGAACCCGGGCUGCUACUGCCUCCGAAUGCAGAAGAACCGAGUCUACUACGUCUCCGAAUCGCUGGUCAAGCGCGCCACCAACGUCAAGCGCGACAAGCUCGUCUCGCUGGGGACGCAGAUCGGCAAGUUCACCAAGAGCGGCAAGUUCCACCUCACGGUCCAGUGCCUCAGCCUGCUGGCGGCGAACGCCAAGCACAAGGUCUGGCUGAAGCCGGUGUGGGAGGGGAGAUUCCUCUACGGGAACAGCUUGCUGAAGGGAGGGGUCGGGAGGAUCACCGAGGGCAUUCAGGUGAACGACGGUGUGGUGGUUUUCUCGAUGUCGGAUGUGCCCCUCGGAUUUGGGGAUGCAGCCAAGAGCACGGUGGAUUGCCGGAAGAUGGACCCCAACGGGAUCGUUGUGCAUCACCACGCCGAUAUUGGGGAGUAUAUGAGGAGGGAGGAUCAUCUCUAGCUCUGAUCAAUUCGUUAUAUUUUUUGGGUAAUACUCCCUCCGUCCUAAUAAAUAUGAAACGUUUGCUUUUCGGCACAAGAUAUUAUGUAGUGUUAUUUUGUGAGUUAAAAGAAGAGAGAGUAAAAU